CAGACGCUAUAUAGUACGAUACCUUCAGCACAUACAUGCGACAUUUCUACCGAGGUCAUAGAUAGCAAGACAUCGUGUCAAAACAAUGGCAAACAGACUUUUACGACAACUAGCAUUGAUUGCGUGCAUCUGCCACGUGAAUGCAGCGUGUGCUGACAUUGACGCCAUUGCGUGCCGUCAACAAGCUGCGGCCGACCCGAACAUGUGCCAAGAUCCAGUGUUGAGCACCACUGCGUGUCCAAACUACUGCAAAAAGUGUCCCUUGACGUGCUACCAUUGUCAGACAACCGGACAAAACAAUGCACCGUGCACAACACAGAAAACAUGCGCGGUAGGCGAGCAAUGCGUAUACAGAGAGGUUACAGACAUACUCACGGGAUCAAUAGAACACAUAUCAACGUGUGCCAGUAACAAGGUGUGUCUCGGUCAAGAAGUGCUGCAAGUUGUUUUUGGUCGUCGAAACAUCAAUACCAGAAACGUUGCCAUCCAUUGCUGCUCGUCUGAUUUAUGUAACUUUGCACCCACCACCACCACGUCGAUAAGGACGACCACGACUACAACACCUACGCCCACUUGCGACACGAGUAACACGUAUCAUCGAUUGUCAUAUGAUAACACACGUUUCUGUAUUAAAAUACAUAAUGCGCCCUUGGAAUGGGGCGCUGCUCGCCGUGCGUGCAUGUCAGAGCACGCAGAUCUCGUAGUCUUGGAUAGUCAUGACAAAUACGCUGCAAUGACAUCUCAUCUUCUAGAUGUAUACAUCGACCACAGUGAUAUAUGGAUUGGUGCCUCAGUUUCUAAUAAAACCCGCUCUUUCUACUGGCUGAAUAACUCAACACUACCAUCGCAUUCAACUGAAUAG